AUGGAAUCCAGACCAGAUCUCGAGGCCCAAAAACCAACUCAGGUCGACUCUCCUCACGACUCAGAAUCAGAAGACGACCUGACCCUCAAACCCCAGUCCUCAAAUGCCUAUGGCAUCCCAACAUGGCGCAAAUGCCUCAUCCUCUUUAUCGUCAGCUGGAUGACCCUGGCUGUCACAUUCUCUAGUACUUCACUAUUGCCCGCAACCCCAGAGAUCGCUACUGAGUUUUCUACUACAUCGGAGAUCCUCAAUGUCACCAACGCGGGCGUGCUAAUUGCUAUGGGUUUCUCGUCUUUUAUUUGGGGUCCUAUCACCAACUUAUUUGGGCGUCGCAAUGCCUAUAAUGCAGCUAUCCUUGUGCUUUGUGCGUGCUCGGCCGGUACCGCCGCGGCGAUCAAUUUGCAUAUGUUUAUCGCAAUGCGCAUUUUGGGGGGCUUUACGGGUACCUUCUUCAUGGUCGCUGGGCAGACUAUUCUUGCGGAUAUAUUUGAACCGACUGUACGUGGAACGGCUGUCGGCUGCUUUAUGGUUGGAUCUGUUAGUGGACCUGCAAUCGGACCCUGUAUCGGCGGCAUUAUCGUCACAUUCGCUCAAUGGCGCAUUAUCUACUGGCUGCAAUUCGCGAUGACUUUACUCGGCCUCGCCUUGUCUCUUCUUUUUGUGCCAAGUAUCAAAGAGAAGAACCGGGACUCUGACGAACCCAUCAAGCUUUGCACUCUUAUAAGCAUGUUCAACCCUAUGCGUAUCUUUCGUCAAUUCGUGUAUCCCAAUAUCUUUCUUGCAUGCCUCACAUGCGGCCUUCUUUCUACAUUCCAAUACGCACUUCUCACAUCAGCCCGUUCAAUCUUCAAUCCACGUUUCAACCUAACAUCUCCCCUCGUCAGCGGCCUAUUCUAUCUCUCCCCAGGAAUAGGCUUCCUGAUCGGUAGUGUCGUUGGCGGGAAGCUGUCCGACCACGCCGUGAAGAAAUGGAUUCUGAAACGAAACGGGGUGCGCCUGCCUCAGGACCGGCUGAACAGUGGUCUUGCCACCCUUUUCGGGGUCCUCCCAGGUGCCACCUUAAUCUACUGCUGGACGUUAGAGGAAGAAGUGGGCGGUAUGGUUGUGCCGAUCAUCGCCGCCUUCUUCGCAGGCGUAGGGCUUCUGGGUGCUUUCAAUGGGCUGAAUACUUAUUCGGCUGAGGUCAUGCCGCAAGCUCGUUCGGAGGUCAUCAGCGCAAAGUACAUGGUGCAGUAUGUCUUUGCUGCCGCAGCGACGGCGGCUGUUGAGCCGGUAAUCGGUGCUAUUGGAGUAGGAUGGACCUUUACAAUCUGUGUAUUCUUUGCUAUAACAGGUGGUUUCAUUGUGCUUGCUAUCACAAAAUGGGGCAUUGAUAUGCAGCGAUGGUCUGAAAGGAAGUUCAGCCUCGAUGCACAGUCUUGA